AUGUCUUCUAAUCAGUACGAUGCUCAGGCUUCAACCAACUACAAGGAGGCUUUCUCGCUGUUCGACAAGCGCGGCAACGGCCGUGUCACCCUCGACAACCUCGGCGAUCUCCUGCGCGCCUGUGGCCAAAACCCUACCAUGACCGAGAUCAGGGACCUGGAGAAGAGCGUCGGCGGUGACUUCGACUUCGAGACUUUCCAGCGUGUGCUGAACCGCCCCGGCGGGUUCCGCGACCCGGGCGAGCCUGACGAGUACUGCCGCGGCUUCCAGGUGUUCGACAAGGACAUGACGGGAUUUAUCGGCGUCGGUCAGCUCAAGUACAUCCUGACCAACCUGGGCGAGAAAAUGACGGACGAGGAGGUGGACGAGCUGCUCAAGGCCGUCGACACCAGCUCAGGGCAGGUCAACUACACAGAUCUCGUCCGGACGAUCCUUGCGAACUAG